GCGUUCUCGCACAGAAAUACAGAAGAAUCAUCGAACGCGCUCCUACGGGCUCAUCCUCUUCAAAAUCCGCCAACAUGUUCAAACACUUAGUUCUGAUCGCGCUAAUUGGCUUGGCCUGGUCCGCCCCAGCACCUGCACCCAAACCAGCACCAGCACCGAAACCUCUCUCGGUGAUAUCAGACAUCAAAACACCAGCAUCCACCGCUAAAUUGACACCUCUUGUCGCACCGAUCGCUACGCCUCUAAUUUCAUCGAUUUCUCGCGUAGCUCUCCUACCCCAAUUGACACCGUACGCCUACGCUUAUCCAGCAGCACUUGCCCCUGUGGAAAUAGCCGCAGCACCUUCCACUUACUCUAUCGAACAGCACGGAUACCACAUUACCUACUGAUUCUUUCAUCGCCACCUUGAGUAUUGACCUAAGUUUAGCAUGAACACUACAGAGAACUACCUUACCUUUCGCUGAUAAUCGUCAUGUAUCGCGUAUUGAUAAAGUCAUUCACGCCAAACAAAUAUUAGCAAAAAAACACAA